UUUACCUUCCUCCUCAGGUACUCUCCAGGUAGGUCCGAGGGUCUCGGCCUUCCUACAACGGCUGAUCCUCCGAUCUCCAGUCGUCUGUCGAUCACGAGCACUCCUUACUCCCGCUCCGGGCGACCACAUGUUCAAGUAUACUUCUGAGGACCCCCUUCCCACCCUCCACAUUUGCUAAAUGCAACAAGGUCAAACAAGCUCCUGCGACGUCUCUAUCUCCCUGAGAAGGCCUGGCACCUCCCUUUAACGUAAGGCUCUGCUGUCUUCCGCCCUCUCCGCAGCGAAAGUGAAACAAACGCACAAGGGAGGUUCCAGAGGAAGAGCUGACCAGCCGGCGAUGCGAUGUAGAAGACGGAGGGUCAUGGGCCGGAUGGGGAGCUUAUCGUGGCUGGUGUUGGUGAUCGCGCUGAUGGUCCUGGUGCCGCUUUCAGAAGGAAAUUUGCAGCUGAAAACGAAUAAAGGUCCAGUGGAAGUAAUCCUUAACAAAAAUGGACUUCUGCAGUGUCAAAUUGCCAACCUGACUGGGAUCUCAUUGAAUCCAGAGGAUUUAGGCGUCUUAUGGACUUUCGGUCAGGGUACUGAAGCAGUAAAUGUCCUUAUGCAUUCUAAUGGGCAAAUAACAUCUCAUUGGGAAGAAGCUGAGCUGGCUGCAAACACUAUUCAAAAUGGAAAUAUGGCACUUUUGCUGAGAAACGUUACAUUGAAACACAGUGGAGAGUACAAGUGUGAGGUUGUUAUUCCACCAGAUUAUAAAGAAUCUGUGAGAGUGAAGCUUGAAGUUUUAGCACAACCUAUGGUGACUGUUGUUUCCAAAAAGGUUGUGGAAGUUGGCAAUGGUGGAGAGAUGUUUUUGGGUUGUCAUUUGGAUGGCUAUUACCCUUGUGAAAGCAAUGUAGAAUGGUUUAAGUUAAGUCCAUCACAAAGUACAACAAAAUUGUUACCAGAUAUAUGCAUUGCCCCACCAACCAAAAAUCCUGAUGGAACUUGCAAAUUAACUGCUGAAGUUCGGUUUGAGCCUCAGAAAGAAGACAUUGGCAGCAGUUUCAGAUGCCGCGUGACGCAUAAGACUUUUCCAGAACCAUAUACUGCGGAUGCUGCAGUGACUUUGAAAGAAGCAGAAAUUCGAAUAUCCGAAAAAUCAAUAGUUGGAAGCGUCAUUGCAAGUCUUAUUAUCUCUGUAUUACUAAUAGGCACAGGAAUUUUUCUGUACAUGCGGUACAUGUACAAAGUUCUACCCAAGUUAUCAGAUAUUCAGUUGCCAGCUCAAAUUAUACACCGAGAACUUACAGAGAUCACUUGCCAUGUGUCUGGAUUCCGACCGAAUGUGAUCCAUGUUGGAUGGUAUUUGAAGAGACCAGGUGACGCUGGAGAGGAGUUAAUUGGCGAAUUCAAAAGUUACCAGAUAAUAGAAAGUUUUAGGCCAAUAAUCAGGAGAGAAUUAACAGAGAGAGGGAAUAAAACACCGGAUAAUUGGAAACUCCACACACCAAGUUUCAAGGACAAUAAUGAUGGAACAUACAGCCUUUCUAGCACUGUUGAAGUUAAUCCUGAUGUAAUAAAGGAUAACAAAGUACAAGUCUUUUGUAGAGUGUGGCAUCCGGCUGGAACACAGGAAAAAUGGAUCUGCUUAUGUGUUGAUGGAAUUGCUCCUAAAUUGUCCAACAUAAUUAUUCCUUCUGUUGUGCAGCAUAACAGUUUAGUGAUGCUGACAUGUCCGAUAAAUUUUUUCAAGCCCAAUCAUUUAACAAUCACAUGGUAUAGAAACAGAAAAGGGGAGAAGUCACGCUUGAUGCUCUGCAACACUGGAGACGAACUAACUUCCUCUAUUGGCCGGUAUUCUCAUGAUUUGAAAGAGUUUAGUUUUCCAGGCCACAUUUACAGUAUCUACAGUAUGUUGACCUUUAAAGCAACAGUACAAGAAGAUGAUGGUGAUGAGCUUUUCUGUGAAGUGAAUCACUUGAGUUUGAAACAUCCAGCAGAAAAGCGGAUUAAGCUGGAUGUAAAAGCAUUUCCUUCACUUAAUCCCAUCCUGUGUGACCCAGUGAACCCUAGAAUAGACAAAGAGUUGACUCUUUCUUGCAAAGUGCAUUCAUUUUAUCCUAAAGAAAUUACUGUCCAGUGGUUCAAAGAUAAGAAGGUGAUAAUGGACUUUGAGACAUUUGAAAUUAUUGAGAAUCCUGACAACAAAUUGUAUGAAUUAACCACUACUUGCACAGUAACUCCAACGCUAUUGGACAUAGAGAGUAAAUACCAGUGUCAGGUUAAUCACAAGAGCCUUUUAUUUCCAAAGUUUGUGGAAUAUAUUCCUGAAAGUUUAGUACGUUCACCCAAAAUAAAUGAAAUUACCUGUGAUCCUGUCAACCCUGAAAUUGGGGAGGAAUUGACCUUGGCCUGUGAAAUAAAGGAGUUUUAUCCAGAGGAUAUUCAAAUUGAUUGGUUCAAGGAUAAUGUGAGAAUAAAUGGAAAUACAAAAUAUGGAAUCAUUAAUAAAGAUUUUAAAAACGAAGAUGGUUUAUACAACAAAAUCACCGAAUUAACAUUGACUUCAAGCUCUGCUGAUCAUCAAGCUGAAUUCAGAGUUGAAGCUUAUCAUUCAAAUUUGUCUGCAAAACCUCAGAAACAAUGCUUUCAAUUGUUUCUUAAAGGCUCACCGAAAUUUUCAGACUUCAACAUUGAGCCAAAGGUUCCAUCGUAUGGACAUCAGUUAACCGUGUCUUAUUGGGUGUAUGAUCUUCCAAGUAAACAUUUUACUUUUGAGUGGUACAAAGGAUCUGAGCCUGUGAAAACAGGAGUAACUAAUUCAGAUUUUGUAUGUACCCCUCAGAAGACUUACAAGGUAGAGAGUUGUCUUACAUUUGUAGUGACCGCAGAAGACUUUGGAAAAGAGUUAGUCUUUCUGUGUAAAGACGAUUCUAAAAAUGAAUUCAAAAAACACACGCAACUUCCCCUGAAAGCUGUGCCUCCUGAAAUAUCAGAAAUCAGCUGUACUCCUGUUCAGCCCAAAAUGGGUGGAAAUGCCACUCUUACUUGCAGGAUUGAACAUUUUUGCCCAGUGGAUAUAGAUGUAGUGUGGACACAAGGAUCGAAGAAAUUGAAGGAUCAGCAAGUGGUAGAACCACUGAAAAUGCAUGAAAAUGGGCUGUACUCUACAAUUACAAAACUGCCAAUUGUCAUAACAAGAGACUCAAAAGAUUUUGUUUGUGAAAUUCGACAUGCACUGUCCAAAGAUAUUGUUGAGAAGACAUUCAGAUUGCAGAUUUAAGUAUCUUUUGUAAUUUCACUACCCAGUGCAGAAUUCUUAAGAUAAGUGAUGAGGCAAUAUCAAGAACAUGAGAUGAUGAGCCCUUGAAAGUGAGUUCAUAGGUUGUGGGAACUGUUAAGCGAUGGUGCAAAUGUAGUCCUGAGGCUCCUGUGCUUUUUUCUUUUAACCACUUACUGGUUUGCAUAACUUGUUGAAGAUCCAACUUGCUCCAUCUAUGAAAUUGUAUUCGUCAGUGGUACAAAACCUAGUCAGAUGCUCAAGUCAGUGAGAGGCAGCACAUAAUGGUUACUUGGCAAAUGAAACUUAAGUAAAAUGUUUUUCUUUACAGGUAAUUCACAUGCUCAUCAGAGACAGUCCUCUUUCAGUACUUGAGCACAUAGUUUCUAGAAGAGAGUCAGGAAGUUAUGUGAAUAUUAUGUAAAAGGUAUUGAGAAAAAAAAAUGAUGUGCAAAUCCAGGUAUCAAGAGAGCUUGAAGUGGGUGAAUGCCAGAUGGAUGUUUGGCAACAUUUCAGUUGUACAGUGGUAACCAUUGAUUUUUAGUGAAUACAGUCAAUAUAGAAGCUUCUGCAAAGAUCAUUUACUUUGG